AUAUUUGACUCGAAUAUUUUUUGCCACACUUUUACUUGUGUAUUCUAUUGACUCGGUUGUUGUUUUCAGAUGGACAGCCACACUUCAUUACCGCCCAUGAAGCAACAAUGGGCAUCUCAUCCUUGUCCGGGAGCAAAAUGUGCAGAGGUGUAUCUUGCGACUUCGCCGACUCCACCAGCACCUCGAAAGACGCAAAGGAGCGGUCUGCGUCCAUGAGGAAGCUCCUGAUCGCCGUGAUCCUCUGCGUCAUAUUCAUGGCGGUUGAGGUGGUUGGAGGCAUCAAGGCGAACAGCCUUGCGAUCUUGACCGAUGCAGCCCAUCUCCUCUCGGACGUCGCGGCCUUCGCCAUAUCUCUCUUCUCUCUGUGGGCAGCUGGUUGGGAAGCGACGCCUCGGCAGUCAUACGGGUUUUUCCGUAUAGAGAUUCUUGGCGCACUGGUUUCUAUUCAGCUCAUAUGGCUCCUCGCCGGAAUUCUCGUCUACGAAGCUAUCAUGAGGCUCGUCAACGGAAGCGGGGGCGAGGUGCAGGGCUCCCUCAUGUUCGCGGUAUCAGCUUUUGGUCUGUUCGUUAACAUUGUGAUGGCAGUGCUGCUUGGCCAUGACCAUGGGCACGGUGGCCAUGGCCAUGGACACUCACAUGAUCAUGGUAACUCGGAGGACGACCAUGGGCAUGAUCAUGAGCAGGGCCACGCACAUCACCAUGAGCACAGCCAUGGUAGUUCCAUAACCGUCACCACUCAUCAUCAUCCUCAUUCAACCACAGGACAACACCAGGAUGAUGCCGAGGAACCGUUGCUUAAGCAUGAUGAUGGUGCCAAGGAAGCUAAGGAGACUCGCCGCCGUAACAUCAAUGUGCACAGUGCUUACCUGCAUGUGAUCGGUGACUCCAUCCAGAGCAUCGGCGUGAUGGUCGGAGGGGCUCUCAUCUGGUACAAGCCCGAGUGGAAGAUCAUCGACCUCAUAUGCACCCUCAUCUUCUCCGUGAUCGUGCUGUUCACCACGGUCAGAAUGGUUCGGAACUUGCUCGAGGUUCUGAUGGAGAGCACGCCCCGCGAGGUCGACGCCACCAGGCUCGAGGGCGGCCUCCUUCAGAUGGAAGGCGUGGUUGCUGUCCAUGAGCUGCACGUCUGGGCUAUCACGGUGGGGAAGGUGCUCCUGGCGUGCCAUGUGACGAUCGAGCAGGAUGCGGACGCCGAUCAAAUGCUCGACAAGGUCAUUGGGUACAUCAAGGAAGAGUACAACAUCGGCCAUGUCACCAUCCAGAUCGAGCGCGAGUAAGGCCAUUGUGUUUAUGUGUGCCGAGCUUGCUUCCUACACUUGAAUAUUGUGUGAAUGCGUGUGGAUUGGCAGUCAUCAUGGUCCCUGAAAAUUGCACGGCUGAUGGUUCACCUUGUAGUAGUCCCUUUGCCAAAGUUUUCAGGGUACUGAAUAUGCAAGGUUUCCAUGGAUUUUGUAUGGUUUUGGUGGGCAUUUUAUCUGUAGCCUUGCAUCUUGUGAUGUAGCUUUAAGACAAAUCGACCCAACUUCAAUGCAAACUGCUCGCACUGGACAAGCUUCUGCUGCGCGCCACCAAAAUCAUACUGUACUUCACAUACAAGCACUCUGGGAAUUCGAUUAUCGGAUCCUUGUAGCUGCUCUGAUCCUGCUGGAUGACC